AUGCAUCCUAAUAAUUCAGUGGUUGAGAUGCAACAAUACGAAGAAGCAGUUUCUGGCCAGCCAUCCAAUGAAGUUGUCAAGCCAACUAGUAGCGGUAAUACAUCUCUAAACCCAUCCCAGAAUCUUCUGGGAAACUCGAGGAUGCUGCCACCUGGAACCACUCAGGCCUUGCAGAUGUUUCAAGGGCUCUUAUCUGGGGCUUCAAUGCCCCCUCGGCCACAGCUUCCUGAGUCACAGUCAUUACUUCCUCAGAAGCAGCAGCAGCAACAACAGCAGCAGCAGCAGCAACAGCAGCCAAACCAAUUCAUUCAACAGCAGCAUCCCCAGUUUCAGAGAUCAAUGAUGCUUGCAACAAACCCUCUUUCAAACUUCAAUGCAAUUGGGCAGAACUCGAAUAUACAAUUGGGUAAUCACAUGGUGAUCAAGCCUUCCGCUCUCCAGCUUCAGCUCUUACAACAACAGCAUCAGCAGCAGCAACCUCAAAUGCAGAGGAAAAUGAUGAUGGGUCUUGGAACGGCUGUGGGUAUGGAAAAUGUAGGCAAUAACAUGGUUGGAAUUGCAGGCCAUGGCAAUGCAAUGGGAAUGGCAAAUGCAAGGGGAAUAAGUGGAACAGGAAUCUCAGCGCCCAUGACACCUAUAUCUGGAAUGGGAAACGUGGGGCAGAACCAAAUGAAUUUAAGCCAGGCUUCAAAUAUUGGCAAUGCAAUAAGCCAACAUAUACGGUCUGGGACGUUAGCACCAGCAGUUAUCAUGGCAUCAAAACUUAGGAUGGCGUAA